AUGACUGCAUGGAAACGCCUUGUGUUCAGACAAUAAGACCAAGCAGACCAUUCAACUGAAGUGUGUUUGUUAUGUGCAAGUCAAAUUAGUUGUUAGCAAAAGGUUUAACUGUGAAGUGGUUGACAUAAAGACCUGGAAGUGACAUCACCUAAAGAAUGUACAGGUCUAAACCACCUCCGGGACCGGCAAGAUCAAGAAGCAUCGUCAACAUCAAGAAGCCAUCACCGCCAGUCACUCCAAAGAAACUUAAAGAACAGAGAAAAGUCACAGAUAGACUUGUGAGAAGGCUAUCCCAAGAAAUAAGAAGCCCCAUGGGACCUAUCCACGUUACAAUCGAUUACAUUGAUGAGAAUGGAGAGGAUCAACAAAAGAGGGUGUACGUGACUGAAGUGAACGGGACACGCACCCUGGAUCUCUACUCAGGCUGGAAUCCAGACACAGAGGAACAUAAGUUUCCUCUUGAAGCUCUACCGGCUACAGUGUGUACCCUAAUCAACCUACAAAGGCUCUGGGUAAGCCACAAUCUUCUCUCGACACUCCCCGCGGACCUGGACCGUCUUGUAAACCUCAAGGAGAUGUUUCUACACGGCAAUAUGUUUGAAGACUUUCCUAUUUCCAUCUGUUCGCUCAAGAGUAUCGAAAUCCUCUGGCUCAGCUCUAACAAAAUCAAGAGUAUCCCUAACGAGAUAGGGCAACUGAAGACGUUGAAGCGAUUGCAUCUCGACGGUAAUAAGAUCCGAGUGUUUCCCCCAGCACUGUGCACACUAACUGGCCUCGAGGUUCUUUAUCUGAACAAGAAUUUGCUUGAAGCAAUAAGUGAUGAUAUUGGAAACUUGUCCAGUUUGAAGCGGCUGUAUUUACAGUCCAACCAAAUCACUGAUAUUCCAAGUGGUAUUUGUAAACUGAAGACGAUUAAAAUGCUCUUUUUGGACCACAACAAAAUACACCACGUUCACAGCGAGUUCAGAUCCUUCAAGCUCCAACGAGAGUCCAAUAAUGCCAAGAUAUCCCUCGACAACAACCCGUCUACCCCUCAAAACAAGAGCAGUAAACUCAGUCUCACGAGUCUAUCACAGCUCUCCCUCACCCUCAAGGCCCGGAGGCAUUCCGACCAACACGACCAGGACAUAGUGUCUCGGCGGCCGCUACGAGUGUCUCUGCCUCAGACAAGACCUUCCGAAUCUCUGCCAGCUGAACUGCACUUACACUAUCAGGCGAGAUCUGCGUCAGCGUAUGGUGGCGAUCGGGUGGACAUGUACAAGGCUGACACACUACCGAGGUCUGGUGCUGUCAAGACGAGGAGAAGUACUUACCAUGAGCACUAACUCUUUUAUAUCUGACUAAUUACUGAAUAAUUAGUAUGUUUUGUUAUACCCUGAAUGUUAUGCAUAUUAAACAUCGAUGUUAAUUUGAAUAACAAUAUUUAUAUAAUUUCCUG